AUGGAAAUGUUGACCUAGCGGAUAUGAAAUUCAAUGUUUUUUAUUAGAAUCCUAUGUUGCUUGAUGUUUCGGAUCGUAGUCUCUUUAUAUGAUUUUGGGCAAUGUUCGCUGCUUGAACUAGCUGUGAGGUUGAAUUAUGUCCAAGGUACAGCUAGUUAUGGCCACUUCCGAAAGCAAUUUUAAUGAGGACAUCAAGAAAGAUUUCUAUAUCCCUACCUAUAUACUUUCUGAGGAUGCAAGUCAGAGUGAUGAUGUAAAAUUGCCUGAUGUACCUACAUGUCCCGUGCUAGUAUUCAUCAACUCUAAAAGUGGAGGUCAACUUGGUGGAGAUCUUCUUAAUACAUAUCAAUCACUUCUUAACAAAUAUCAGGUUUUUGAUUUGGGAAAAGAAACUCCUGAUAGUGUUUUACACAGACUCUAUCUGAAUCUAGAAAAACUAAAGAACAAUGGUGAUGAAUUUGCCGCGAAACUUGAGGAGAGAUUGAGGAUCAUUGUUGCAGGUGGCGAUGGCACAGCUGGCUGGCUUCUUGGAGUUGUAUCUGAUCUCAAACUAUCUCAGCCACCACCAAUUGCUACUGUGCCUUUGGGAACUGGAAACAACCUUCCAUUCUCUUUUGGCUGGGGCAAGAAGAAUCCAGGAACUGACCAAAACUCGGUUAUCUCAUUCUUGAAGAAAGUAAUGGAUGCAAAAGAAAUGAAGAUAGACAGUUGGCACAUUCUAAUGAGGAUGAGAGCACCAAAAGAGGGUUGCUGUGAUCCUAUUGCACCACUUGAAUUGCCUCAUUCGUUGCAUGCGUUUCACCGGGUGUCAGCUUCUGAUGAUCUUAAUGUGGAAGGAUGCCAUACAUUUCGUGGAGGAUUCUGGAAUUAUUUCAGCAUGGGGAUGGAUGCACAAGUAUCAUAUGCAUUUCAUUCAGAACGAAAGAUGCAUCCUGAAAAGUUCAAAAACCAGCUUGUCAAUCAGAGUACAUAUGCAAGGCUUGGAUGUACGCAAGGAUGGUUUUUUGCAUCCCUUGUUCAUCCUUCUUCAAGGAACAUAGCUCAACUGGCCAAGGUUAAGAUAAUGAAAAAGCAUGGCGAAUGGCAAGACCUUGACAUCCCUCACAGUAUCAGGUCAAUUGUGUGCCUAAACUUGCCUAGCUUUUCUGGUGGACUAAAUCCUUGGGGAACACCAAAUAGCAACAAACGCCGAGAUAGGGACUUGACUCCACCAUUUGUUGAUGAUGGCCUCAUUGAGGUUGUUGGCUUUAGAAAUGCUUGGCAUGGAAUGGUUCUUCUUGCUCCAAAUGGGCAUGGGACACGGCUUGCACAGGCACAUCGUAUCCGGUUUGAGUUUCAUAAGGGUGCAGCUGACCACACAUUCAUGAGGAUCGAUGGGGAACCAUGGAAGCAGCCUCUCCCCGUUGAUGAUGACACAGUUGUGGUAGAAAUCGCACAUCUUGGCCAAGUUAAGAUGCUUGCUACCCAUGAUUGCAGAUCCAAAAGUGUACACGACCCUUCAAGUCAUGUCAAUCAUGAUUGUGAUGACGGAGAUAGUGAUGGUGAAGAGGAAGAUUCGGUCGUGGAAGAACAGAGGAAAUUCGGGGCAGCAGACACAUUCAAAAUUCCUGAGGAAGUUGACAUUUCACAUAUCAGUUGAUUCUUUAAUCCCAACUUUUGUUCAAAAUCUUCUUCUGUGACAAGUACCAUAAUGAUUUAUGUGAUAUAUAUAUAUAGAUGGGAAAUGGUUCUUGUGAGUUGUGAGAUAUAUUAUGACAUUGACUUUUCAGUAUUUUGCAUACUAAUUUCUUGAUCAAUUACAGUGUAAAUGUGAGCUGAAUUUCUUAGUAUAUGAUUCUGGAAAUGAUGGGAGAUAUCUCUCUAUUGUAACUUGAAAUUUCAAGAAAAUUAUUAUAUGCUAUGAUUCUAUGAUUUGAUAAGAGACUUACAAUAUGAUUUUCUUUACACGA